AUGUUGAGAUGCAAGGUUCGCGAGGCCCUCAAGACCACGAACACAAAUCUCCGGCAUUCGGAUGAGUCUCGAACGUCUGCACCCUCUGCCAGGGAUGACGACGGUGGUUCGGCUAAGAUGAAGAUGGCUGACUUUCAUGCGAUAUUGACUAUUGGAUCAGAGAACCUAUUUGAGCAGCUGGCUAUGAUACACGCUUCUGUGUAUGCAACACAACAGACCUCCAUCGUGGAUAUGCUGGAGGAACUUAACAAGCUGUUCUAUGACGCUAAUUCUCAUGCGGAAGAUCACGUAAAGUAG